GAUGUGGUGGUUGAUAUUACUGAUAGCGCUGCAACCUAUAUCUGGAGCCGCAAUCAGUCAGCUAGAACACCUACAAAGACCACUUUGGGAAGAAGACAUCGCAGAAGAAUUACUACAACAAGAAAAUGAUAUCAAUGAAAACCCCGACAUGUUAUUCAGGCAUCGAUUUCACCAUAUUGACCAGUUAAAGAGCAAAGACCGGAAGUCGGAGACGGAAGAAGAACAAGAAAACUUGGACUCGGCAGCAUACCCCGCCGCCGAUCCCACUACUGAUGACAUUUCCUCUUCGGCAGCCGCGAAUAUCCUUAGGAGGGUGGCCGGCAAGAGGGCGCUAGCGAUGUUCGCGCGAUGGGGCAGCGUCAACAGCAUCGGCAAGAAUCGGCCGCCCAUUCGCAGUCAUUUGUUUGAUGAAGGUGAUGCGGCGCAAGUUGCGGCCAGGGGACGUAUGCUGGGGCAACCGUUGAGGUGGGGGUAGUAUGUAAGCAAAAACUGAUGGAGACGUUGUAAUUAGAGAGGAAGUGGUGGGGAUGUGGACGAAGAGUAUUUUUAAAAAUAAUUCCACAUGACAAUAUCUUUGGAGUUUAUAAUGUGAUUUUUUGCGUCUACAAAUCUUACUUGACUGUUUCAUUCAAGUCACGUGUCCGGUCAAGCAAAAUUAAUUUUUUGUGAUACGAUAAAUGAAUUUUUCGAGUUUAGUGACAGUAAUCAGAUGUCAGUCCGAAGCCUACUAGAUUGUAGUUGAAUUCUUUGUAAGUAAAUUUCGAUAUGCAAGGUCAACCGAGUAUGGUAUUCAAAUAAUACGACAAACGUCAAAAAAGUAUCUCACUUCUAGAGAAAGAAUAAUUGAUCAUUGAUCACCCAUGAUCCGAUGGCCACUGUCGUCCAACCACAACUAGUAAUGGGUUAUCUUUGAAAGGGAAUUCCGUAAGAUAUUUCUUAUAGUGUGUGUGUGAUCUAUAUCUGUACCUCCAUGUUCACCUAAGAUGAGUUUUAUAUGUUAAGUUCACGAUAAUAGUCUUUGCUACUUACAGCGACCACCUACCUGUAAUAUUAAGUACGUCAGGACUUUGUAAAUCAAUAUUUUGAACGCAAUCAUUUCGGAACUACUUAUUUGGAUCUAACCUAGUCUGGCACCGAGGUACAAAUUGCAAAUUGCAAGAUUAAUUCAAAGGGUUAAAAGUUCAACCAUCUGUUCAUUGCCAAUCGCUAAUGACUCAAUUGAGGGAGGUGAACUUGAUUUACAAAGGUUAGGUCUAGAACCUCCCUAUAUGGGAAUUAAGUAAAUCAUCCAGUCGGUUGGAAAUGUUAUAGAGACGUUAAUGAUUUCAUGAUUAUCUGCAUAGACUAUAUCCGCAAUCACUUUACCAUCUACUUUGUGAACAUGUGACUCGGCAGUUCUACUAUUGAGCUUAAGUUUGAAAAUAGAAUUAACCACAAGUUAACUGACGGAGCACUGGUUCCCCCAUCAGUUUACACUCCAUCACCCACCUAGGGUAGAGCUAUGAUCUACAUAAUUUAAAUUUUAGUUAUUUAACAUGUGCGCUGAUAUUUUUGAUGAAUAGUUUCUUGUUUAAUGCAGCUUGCUUGACUAUAUAUAUGAAAUAUAAUUUAGUUGAGUAAAACAGUGUUUGCACUUAUCUUUCAUAUUAACCACUCUGAUCCACUAGGGAUUUAUCUCUAGUGCAGAUAUACAUAUAGCUAUUUGUGAGAAACUCAAGCUAUACAUUCAACAAAACGGGUGGUAAAAGACCAUAUGGAAAAUGGAUCCGACUCUAUUUGCCUAAAAAUACAGUAUGAUAUAUUUAUCUUAUUUCUGAACGAUAAUGUUCAAGGGACCAAAGCAACUCUAUGAUUAGAUUCUGAGAUUUAGGAAGAUUAAGUUUACUCCUUUUGGUAAAAAUGGUGAAUGUGUCGGUUGUAAUUCUUAGUCCAAAUACUCGAAGAAUUAUAUUAUGAAAAACAUAUUUUAUUAGAGAACCUUGUAGGAAGGCGUUGAAAAGUGUCUUAUUGAUCUUGACUAAGAUCCUUAGAAGGUGGAUGCAUAAGAAAUGCACAGAUUAAUUCUAUCACCUGGAAGACAGAUGUAAAUAAAUAAAAGUUAUUGUUUUAAUUCAAUUUCAUAAACAUACAUGUCACUAAUUUGGAUUUGCACUUUGGAAAAUGCUGCCAUAGCAGCCGACACUACACUAAAGUAGCACAUUAAACGUUAGUAGUUUCAUUUAUUGACCAGUGUAAGGUAGAAUUAUAAGUUCCAACUUAAAGCAAUGUUCACGCUUCUGCGUUUUCGCUUUCAUUUUCAAAUUACACAUGUUUUUGAUUUGACCAUAUAAAGGCCAUAGAACAACCAUGAUCUUUCUGUGCCUUUGAGAAGCGAACUAUCCUAUUGAGUUCUCUGAAUUCCCGAACAACUCGUGCCAGAUCUAUUCCAGCCGUAACAUCUGAAAAUCAACUUGCCCUUAACCUUGUAAGGAAUAUGCUCAGUGCUAACAUAACACCCCCCAACAGCUUCGUACAAGGUGAAUUAAUGAAAUAUUUUUUUCAGUAAGCCGACUGAGAACUACAUCGACACAUUCACCAUAUUUGCAAAUAAGGCUAACUUUAAAACCCUACUUUUCAGACUGAUCAGAAGAUUCCUUUGACCGUAUGAGGACUUAUCUUUAGGCAGAUGACAAAUAUAUCAUACAAAAUUUCUCAACUCAGAUCGACUGGUACCCAUUUUAUAUCCUAGCGAAGCAAAACUAUAUAUUUGGCUAAUCUAUUCCGAAUAUUGAGGAACGGUUUGAGGAUCAUGGUGUGUAUCUUAAUGGACUUAAUAUUCAAUAUGUAUUAUUGCUAUGUACGCUUCGUUUCACUAUUUUGUUUCGCAGUUCAGGUCAAACGUAUGCUUUCUGUAAUAUAUUUCAAAAGGAGACAAUGACAUCUCUACCAGGCUAUAAAAUGUGGCAUAACGUUGGCACUGCCUAAUCAGUUCGUAGAAACUAUUGCAACAGCUUUCCACGCAACGAAGCACUACUUACUUUGAAUCAACUAUUUGUCCAGAAAUAACAAUAAUCCUACAUGAUGAAAGACUCAUGAAAUAAUCAUUCCAAUUAUAACGCCGAAUUCAAACUCUAACUGUUAGUUCAACAAAUCCUGUGAUAAUGUUGCUCAGCAAAAAGUAAAGCUACGCUCUCGGGUACACCGGGUCCACUUCAAAAAUUCUAUGAAAAAAUCGGAUAGCUGAUCAGAAAUACCAGCAACAUCUAAAUUAAAGAAUAAAACGAAGUAUUAUGUCGUAUCCUGUUGAAUUCUUGGUUUUGUGGACAAGUAGUUUCUACAGAACAAUAUACAUAUGUUUCCCAGAAUAAGUGAUCUACACCUUGAAUGCAUAUAGAAUCGGUUUUUCUUAAUUUCUGGAUGAUACUGUGUAAUUCAACGACGUUCUGAUAGCCUCGUAGUAUUUUCCUGGAGAAAAGAAUUCGUGUUUAUAUGUUCAGGGACCAAUCAAUCAUGAAGCAAUAUUUCUCAUUUUGUUGUAUAUUAAUAAAUAACUAAAAAGAUGUUUUUGAUCUUAAUUUAAGAGGCUUUUUUGGGAAUAACAAUAUUAUUUAAAUAGUAUUCUGAUCGAUUCACACUGCUGACCUCCAAGGGGCCAACAAAAGCGAAAAGUUUGGCUAACCCGUUAUCAGAAUCGCUAUAAUCUUCAAAAUGACCGAACCAGUAUAUUAUUGGAUCUAUAAUCAUAACAUAAAUUACACAAAUAUAGCAUGCUCUGAUACGUGGGUAGGUGGGUAAUUCAAAAAUACCUACUCGAAAUAUAAUACAGUGGUACGAUUUUUUAACAUCAAUACUUUAUCCAGAAAACUAUUUCACGUUUUGCUAUUUAUCAUGGAUUUACCAUCACUACAAGAAUGUAAUAUCAUUAUGGGUAGGAGACCUUUGAGCUUCUGGCAUAUCUUAGCAUUUUAAUGCUGUCACCGUUCAUAAUUCUUUAUAAGUCAUAAGAAUGGGCCAACGCCUUUUAUGUAUCUUAAAAGUGUCUUUCAACUUAGUAUGUCAUGCGAUUUAAGUGAAACAGUAUGAGAUUUGUCCAAGGCUUAUAAUCUACCUGAUUGCUCAUCUUGUCACUGUCAAGAAGUAAUUUAAAGAUGCUAAGUUUUUAAAUGAAAACAUGUAACUUCACUGACAUGCUUGCAUUGGAUCCAUCUCAUCAUAGUCCACAUCCUCUUCCAAAUAUGUCACUUCUUGUAUGAAUCGCUUUACUAAAAAUCGUAUAGGAAGAUCGAAUAAUAAAGUUCAACAUUCCUACAUUUAGAAGUUGAAAUUGGCUUUCUAUAUUUCUAUAUACCCACCUAGUUCGUACAUAUUCAAUUAAACUCUAGCUUCAUGUUGCUAUUUCGCAGAAGAAGCUGAAAGUAGAUAAAAUGUAUUCGAGAAAGUUUUAAAAUGGAAAGAAACUUGUUUGGAAAAGAAUUGAUAUUCUUUAUAACGGGUUCAAGACAAGAAUGGGAUAGAUUCAGCUACAUUAUUGGCUAAAUGAGGUAACAGUUGAUUUCGAGUUUCAUUGGGUAAUUAAUUAAAUCAAAUUAGUUUUUGUUUAUUUUUGAAUGUCGGUAUUGCAAUCUUACUGCUUUUAUACAGGGCAUCCCAAAAGAUAUAGAGGGUUAUUACCACUCAUAAAAACUUUAUGACGUUAACCGAUUAUGAAUGGUUGUGUAGUUGUCACCAUUUUGAAAAAUUUGUAGAAAUCUGCUACUUUUGGGACUGCCAUGUAUUCAUUUUCAGAAAUUAUCUUUUAUUAUUCUUCAAUCAGCUUAAUCGGCUUAACGUAAUUUUGUCUGGUGUCAAAAAUAUUACGGCAUAUUGAGGUAGGCCUGUAGAAACAAUAACUGGGCAGAUAAAGUGUUAUGAAAAAAUAUCGGAUAUUUUAUCCUUCCCAAAUAACUUUAAAAUAACCAAAUAUCCUAAAUAGUCUCCACGCAAGGAUCUCGAAAAUGUACAUUUUCUGAGCUUAACUGCUAUUGACAACCCCUAAAGCAACAGUUAAUGGACAAAUCUUCAAACUUGGAUGGACUCUAGACAUAAGGUAUUGCCCAAACAAACUAAUAAGGAUAUUGGAUUGUGAUGAUUUAGGUAUUAAACUGAUUUUUCACUUACAGUUUUUUUUGUCAUAAACUAUUUGGGAACAAACAUAUCCUGUAAGGAUGAUUGAGACAUGAUAAGAGAACAUUCCAGAAAAAAGAAUGAUAAUCUCAAAAGUAGCGAUAUUCUAAAAUUCGUCCAAAUAGUGAGAACUGAAGAACCGUGCUUAAUACCAUAUAUAUGUCAUCCAUAUAUAUGGUAUUUCGGAUUGAAAAUGACCUCAUGCUCACCGUGUAUAAAUUCAGCACAAUGUUCUGUAUCAAAAACACAAGUUAAGUAUUUCUAUUACUACGGUCCUUUCAUUUUCAUAUUGGAAAGCAAAAGUGAUAUUUAAAUCACUCAAAUUAUAACUUGCUUCUUAUAAAAUCAACGUUGUAACUUCAAACACUAAUAAAAACUAUCACUAGAUCAUUAAAGAAAUAUGAUGAACUAGGUAGAAUAAAAUUUUUCACACGAAAUAUUUACACACGAGCAGACUCUGUCGUUAAAAUUUCUAUUAAAGCGAUUCUGGAUAAGGAUGAUAAGAAGCGACGUUCUAAGUGCAACGUGUAAAAAUGGCUGAUCGGGGGUGUCUUUCGAGUCGUUACGUUGCUAUGAUAUUUGAUUAAUGACAUUUCAUGGUUUAUCCACAAAAGUUAAUUGCACGUUGAAUGCUUUUUUCAGAUUACAAGCAUUACUAAAAAUGCUCUGGAUAUUCUACUGAAUCCGAUAUAAUUGGCACCAUACAAGCAUAAAGAAAAGCAGGUUGUAUUCUCAAGAAUCAACACAACAUUCAUCUGUUUACCAUAUCUAAAAAAUACCAUUGUCAAAUGUAUUUUGAUACCCUGAAUAAUUAGAAUUUUUUUUCAAAAUUAUUUUCUAAUUUUCAAAAAACUUCCUAGCAUGCAAGGACACAAUUUUUACUGAAGAACCUAGGCAGACACCACAAAUGCAUGUUGCAGCAAAAUUAUCUGCAGUCGUGUCAUUCUCUCGGUAUUUGUUGAAUGACACAGUUUAUAAGGUAGGAGUAUAUCAGUAACAAAGGUGCUAAAAUACCAUAAAUGAAUGUUUUUUACAUAUCAAUAAUGUUUCACGAAAUUCGAUGUUGUUGUAAUUUGGAGACAAUGCUUAUUGCUAUUAUUACAAUGCACCUCUCAUAGUAAAAAGGUCAUUUUUUGCAUGAAUCACGCAAUAGGAUUAAUGGCAUUUAGUCAAAAUAUAGCCACAUGAUAUUGAUAUACUGUUGACACAAUAUAAAUGUUGAACAGAUUUUCAACAUAAUUAUCGUAUGCACAGCUUGUUACGCAAAAUCUCUCUGGUUUAGGAGAGUUCCGAGAGCUCCAUUCAUCAAAAACCAAUCGUUGAUUACAUCAUUUUGCCUUAACUCGUUAGCAUAGUCUAGAUUCAAGAUAACUAAGUAAUUGCAUAUUAGUAUCUAUUUGGUAAUUGAAUUUCUAUUAAUGUUUCCUUAACAGUUAACAUUUGUAACUGUGGAUUUAUUGAGUCGUAUAAUUUAUUCAGAAAUAUUUAGCGACUUGAGUGGUUACUCCAUAUAUACUGUAUGAUCAAAACAAAAUUUACGAAAAAAAAAUUCAAUAUAAGUUUAUUUUAUGACUUAUAUUUUGCACCUCCGGGACUAUAGUAUUGAGGGCUUCAUUAAGUAGAUGUAAGAAAUUCGAAUUUCUAGCAUUAACUUGACCUUGUUCUGAAAAACCACAAGAUAUAAACUGUUGUAUUUUAUUGCAUCGAAAUGGUCGUAUCUAAGCCUACAUUCACAAUUUUCUUAAUGGCGCACCUAUCCCAAAAUCUGACAUCUAUAACCAUUUUUAGUAUAUCUAUUUCUGCUUGCUUUCUUAUAAGAAAACGUUAUCUGUAAAAUUGCUACUUUUUUUACACCCAAAGUAGCCGCACAGGCUACUAUGAGGGAAGAAAUUGCUUUCUUUAUGCUUGUAUUUGAACUGAAACAUAUUUUGUUUAAUGCGAUAUAUGUAUAAAUGUCAGUUUUAUUGAUAAAAUUAUACUUCAUACACUGAAUCCAGCUUUACAACGAAUUUUGCAGAGUUUUAUCAAAAUGAGAAGUAGCAGGUAUCUGAGCCUUCAACAUACGAUUUGUUAGAUAAAGAAUUUAUUAUUUUAUACUGUUCUAUAUCCCUCCAUACUUAUGUAAAAAAGCAAGAAAGUGUGGAUGGAAGCUUCCAGUUUGAGAUUAAAAACACUACUCGAAGGACAUCCCACGAGUGAAACUAAGUAACUAAGAGUGUAUUAGAUUGUAUAUAGGCUGCUUGAGGAGAAAUUUCAACUCAUUGUAGCUUUUUUAACAAUUCAUUUCAUAGUUUCGUGGAGUCAUCACUAUGAAGUCUAUCUUGCGGCGAAUAUUUAUAUGCUGACAUGCUUUAUUCCUUUUCCUCUUUCAUUUGACAACUAAACUCAAGUUAUUUUGAUACACGAGAAGUACCAUCGUUCUUAUUCCAAAAAGGUAUCUUCGCUCAAGGGGCACUGCUUUCAAUAGUAUGAUUAGUAUAAAACUAAUAACCAGUUCACCGAAAAAAAGCAGCUUUUGCAAAACUGUUUCUGAUUUUUUCCUGACAAAAGAAUAAAACGUGCUAGUAUUUGGCCAAACUUUGAAAAAGUGAUUCCAUGAUUGGUUCUAAGAAAUCAUAGUGAUCCGAUAAUCCUUCGUUUUUAAAAUACAAGGAGCGAAGGCCGUCGUUCAGAUGUGCGGAAAAGCGUAAGGACGUCCUGCAUCGCCAGCAUAAGGGUUGCAUGUGUAAGCGGCACACGGGCGGAUCUGGACAGUGGCGCAGGGGGCGCGGGGUGUCCAAGUAUGCCAUUUUUCUUUUUAAUGAAUAUAAAGUUACUUCAUUAGUCCUGAAUCCGUGAGACGUGCACCCCCCUAGACCUAUCCCACCCCCGUUCUUCAAUUUUGUUACAAGGGCAUUCAAUCUCAGACCAAAACUUAUUUUUUGAAAUAAAUGUGCACUAAUCGUAUCGUACCGCUUUUUUAAAUUUUGUUGAAUUGUAGCAUGUACAGAUACAAUGCUGUAAAUUUAAGUCGAAUUGAAGAAAUAACAAAACCAAAGCCCUACAAAGGAAAAAAUUUAACGGAUUUAAAUAUAUUGAUCUAACUUAACCGCAUUCGUAGUUUCAGUAAAACGUUAGCCUUGAUUCAUUUUAGUUAAAUUUCCGUCAAUACUUCUGGACUUGCUAAAUAAUACAAGCAUUUAGAUCGGCUAGGAUGUUAUUACUAUGUUUCCGUAAACUGUAAAAAAGUUUAAUAUCCUGUACCUUGAUAAGGACGCAUUUUCAGACGUAUGCUAAUAUAUUUUUUCUAGAAGUGUCUAGGAAUCGGAAUUUUUACACGUACUUUGUGCAGGGCCUUACUCGCGCUAACAAAUAAGUAAAAAGUUUUGGUUGAAUGAAAAUAAUAUAAUAAUGUACAGAUAUACGUAAAAUAUCUAUCUGAUUACUCUCGCAAUAUGUUAAAUUAUUAACUAAAUAUAAAACCUACGAAGGAAAUAAUCGUGACCAUAAUAUAGUAUGUGCAAAUAAUAUGAAUAUUUUGUAAUAGUAUGUGCUUAUUUAUGAUGGAAUAUUCACUAGAAAAGAAAAGAUAUGUCAUACAAAUUUAUUUAUUUUCUGAGAGAUCUAAAUUUUAUUAUAAUUUUCCUAAUGGUUCAUUGCUUAAAGUGGAAGAGUUUAGACCAUAGUCAUAAAUCAUAUUUCUUUCUUACCUCAAUUCCUACACAGACUGAAAUAUUGUAUACUUACAUCAAAAAUAUAAAUAGACCCAACCGUCGCAAAUGAAAAAAGUCAUGUAAAUAAUUGGCGUGUUUUGAGAUGAAACGGCUUCAUCAAAAAUGCUAAAAACACUUUAUUGCAUACGAAUUCUAAAAAAGUUUAGGAGUAGACCACUUUUUUUAAAAAAAGGUCUUGCAAAAAUGUUUUACUUCAGGCCUCGAAUCUGCUAAGGACGGCUCCGACUUUGUGGUUGCAUGAUUUACAUGUACUUAUCCUCCCUAUAUCAGAUCUUCUUUCAAAAUAUAAAUUAACCUUGUAGCAUUAAUCGUAAACUUGCUUUCAAAGCAAUUACUUUAAACAAAAGUACUUGAUGGUAUACACCGCCCACAGCCGAACACCUACGCAAAUCUACAAAUAGCAUCCAACAAAGUAUACCGUUUGCCCCGCAUAAUACGUGCAUUGUACGUUUAUCUUAACACCUUUGGAACUUAUUCAAGCUAAAAAGUACAUUUAUGUAUGCCUGCACGUCUGUUCGUAUGAUGUCGAGUAAUCUCUUCGGACGAAAGUUGGAUGUAACAUAUACCUUUCGUGGUAGACAUAAUAACAGUAUAAUUCCAAGAACUGCAGUAUGCAAAAACAGCGUUUCGUUGUAAUAGCUUCGCCUAGCCAACGAUUGUUUUUCAUCAAAGUUAUCAAUAUCAUAUUUUUUAUAAUACCAGCCGAUAUUUAAUAAGAAAAAGUAAGUUAUUCUACUGUUUCACAAUAAUACUAUUUAAUUAACGAAGAAGAAAGUCAAGGAUUUUUUGUCUCCCUAUUCUCAUUGUCUAUAGUAAAUAUUACAAUAAGUUAUAUUAAGUUAUUGAAAACAUGAGAACACCUUUUCCAUGGAAGUCAAUGCCUCAAUGUAUUUUUGAACACUACAUAUAUGUUUCAUUAAGUUAUCCAUAUUUGAUUACAUUUAAUUCAAGGUGUUUUAUUCUUGAUAUUCAUAUAUCUUCUCUUAUUUUUUUCCAAGAUUAUUUUUCAGAUUUUAAUCUAUCAGCUAAUAUACAGAACGUUACUGUCAAGUGAUUCGUCCUGAUAUUUCUAAACUCAAACUGUAGAACUUUUUAUAUUUCAAUGAUGAUAAAUGUUCUUUGAAAUGAUGAAUUAAAACAGUUUUUCAUACAAACAUAUUUCUACCUCAGCAAAAAAAGGUUAAACUGCGUGUGAGUGAUGACAGACAGGAGGCUAAGAGUGUGAGUGCAAUUCUGUUAAAACGUAAAAGUAUGCUACUUUCAGUUGUAUUGGAAGCAUAUACCAACAUGCGUAUUUUAAAUAGAAUAUCUUAUAUAUAAUGUUAUUCAAUUUUUGAAUAUUAGACGGGAUUCUAAAUACAUUUCAUGUAUACCAUCCCAUACUUAAGUUCAACCUAUUCAUAGAUACUUCAUGUUCUGCGUAAAAACGACAAAUACAGGCUAGUGAUUUAUAAUCUUAUUUUUCUUCAGUUUUAAUUUUGCUGUAUGAUUUGUAACGGGCUUUUUAUAGUUGGUGACCUACUUUAGGAAAUGUUAUUUAUUCCAUAUUUAGAUGACAAAUUGUACAAAGUGGUCAACAGAAGCGAGUGAGAAUCAUGAAUUUUAAAAACUCAAAAGGUCAUUUUUUCCAAAUGAGUACCACCGUUUCCUUGUAAUCUCAACAUAUUAAAUAAGGUUAAUUAUGUAUGAGGUUGUCUACUUGUCCGACGUUUAUCAAAAUAUUGUUUUUUAUCUGGCUUAGAUGCCUCAUACGUAUAUUUGAUCUUGGCCAUAAGGCCAUGAUGUCCUUAGUCGUUCGUCCGAUUUUUGCCAUAGUCAACUGAGAUUAUCAUAUACAUACUAUACAGUAUGCAGCAUUUAAGCAACAGCGAAAUGAAUAUUCCUAUAUAUCUCAAGAACCAUUGCUUUGCGAAGUAGACAAACAACCUCAUACAAAGCUAACCUUAUUUUUAACGCUUGAUACGAUAAAAUUAUAGAAAAUGUGGUUUUUCUUCGAAAAAAUCGUCUUUUUCUAAAAUCUAAAUUUCUAUUUCUUUUUUGAACACCCUGAUUUUUUUGUUUUUGUUAUCCAAAUCUGAAAUGAAUACUAUAGUAGAUCCCAUAACUAUGCAAUAAUUACAAUUACAAAUUGUGCAGCAAAGACAAAAGUACGAGAAAAAUGUUAUUUUUAUUUUGUUAUAAUUUGUUGACCUGCCUGUGUUGACAAGAUCUCAAUCAGUUCGUUGUCAGAUGUUUCAAGAAUUUUCUGAAUACGUCAGGAUUUCACAUACAAUCUUUUGAAUUGUUCGAUAUGGAAAAGUUAUCUCAUCAGCACAAGUUGUACCCCCAAAAGGACAUACCAUUGAUUGACAGAUUGGAGUACUACUCAUAUUUUGCAUACUAGACUUCUUGAGGGUCUAUGAGAAUGGUCUUCGGUAUAUUUAAACUAGUAUCUUAAGUUCAAACAUCGUUAAGUAAAGUAUAAACUAAGCCAAUCAGAAACUCAGUUCCUGAUUCAAUUGGAAAACUUUCACUAUUACUUCUAACGAUCAAAAUAAAUUGUAAGCAUUCUGUUAUUCCUUGAAAUUGCGGGGAUUUCAGGUGCAGAGUAUUUUAUUAUUUGCUAAACAACAAAUAUAAUAAUAAAUGAUAAUGUUUCUAACGCUUGCCCUUCAUUAUCACUAGAUACCCUUUCAGACCAAGGAUGUUUUGGGUGGGGUAAUGAAACGUCGGUUGAAAGUUGAGUCGCAGGGUCAUACAGGUGACGUGGCAUAGCUUUUAUAGAAUGCACAGUUAACGUACAUAUUGUUACAUUGUUACUGGUUUAGGUAUUACAAAAUUCACGUCUCGUCAUCUUGUUAGUUAUUAGAUUUUGCAAUUCAGCUAUAAUGUAACAUUUGCCUUUAAGUUUCAACUUACGAGACUAAAUAUUUUCAAACAUGUUAUUGAAUAGUGAAUAAGUGCAGUAACAUUUAAGGAAGAAAAUGUUGAAGAAACCUUUUUAAAAGUUACUACACAUCUACAAAUGAGUAUUUUACGUAUGUUCCCCUUGUUCCCAUACAAACGAUAUACACACAUAUACAUGUUACAAAAGUAGCAAAUAGUUGGCCUAGACCUAACUCAUCCCAACAUAAACGGCACUAAAAUUAUAAUUAUCUACUUCCUUAUGCAGUGUAUAUUAAAUCUAAUGACUCCGAAAAUUAAAAGACUGCGGUGUUACAAAAAAUAUACUGUUAAGUAACUAUACUAAUAUAAGUUGAAUAUUAUGCAAUAAGUUAUAUAUACAUAGAACCUACUAUGUUAAAGUUAUAUUGAUUUGAAAGACGUACUGUAAAUUAUAAUGUAAAUGUAAUUAAAUGUAUUUAUUGUGUACUGUAUGUGUAUGAC